AUGCCUUCUGACUGGACAACUCACUUUAAAUAUAUUCUUGAUCAUUAUCAUCAAGGUAUUGUGACUGCAGAUUCACCACAGGCUCUCAAACGCAUGGUGAAGAAAAUUCGUAAGGCUAUACUUGCAGCCCAAAAGGAACUUGAAGACGAUGAAGAGGAAGAUGUGCCCCAAUUGCCUACUUCUUUGAAAAAGGAAAUCAAACAAUACUGUUCCCAAAUCAUCGCCUACAAGGAAGAGGCCAAGGAACGAGAGGCCGCAAGUCGUCCAAGAGAAGCGUCCUUCUACAAGAAAUCACUUACCAAAUGGGAUGUUGCACAGAGGUUGUUCAAGGAAGAAAUAGAUAAGUCUGACAAGGAUGAGCAGAGAAGGAAAGGUGUCCAACGUUCAAUCAAGUAUCGGACUGGCCAUGCCAGGGAAUGGUUUGACAAUAUGUCUCCUUCACAACAGGAGGAGGUCAAGUUCGCCAUGACCAAAUGGAAUAGGGAGGGGGCACCAGAAGAAAGUCAAGUAGUGAAGAACAACCUCAAGAAAACACUUAAAGACUUUUCAGAGCAAAUCCGACGUACUAUGGGUUGUCGAGUGGUGAUGUUUGUUAGCCACAAGAAAAAAGCUAGUCAGACAUUGUCUGUCAGUCUACAUGAAACUGACCCUCAAAAUGUCAAGAAGAGGUUUUCUGUCAGCUCCAAUGGGAUCAAGGAGUGGACUGCAACUGGAUUUGAAUCCUUUGCAGAAUGGUCAAAGACCGAGUUUUAUCCUUCAGAUGAUCAGGACCUGGAGGGUUCAGACAAUGAGGAUGCUGGCAAUGAAGCUGCUAUACCCGAAAUUAUCCUAGAUGAUGAUGGAUAUGCCAAACUUCCUAGUCGUGAUGGUAUUGGCCUUAGGGGCCAACAUGAAUUGAUUAGGGGUAUAUUUCAUGCUUCGUAUAAAGUCUGCACUGGGGGCUCUAGACCUGUGCCUUGGGGUAUGAUAACUGCUGCCUUGUCCAAUUAUUUGGAACAUGGUUCUGUUCCCACUGCAUUUGUGGUCAAAGACCCUUCUCAUAUGAAGACUGAGGAGGUAAAUCAUCUAUGGAACCAUUGGGAACAAAAUUCGGCUGCAAACAAGAAGCUAGUCGUUUUUGUCAAAGCCAAGGAUGGUGAUGUGCGGGCAAAUGUAAGGAAUGAAGAAAGAAAGAAGAAGUCUAAGGAGAAAAGAGUAAGCUUACUUGACUCAGACGAAGAAGACAGCGACCGGCUUCCUUCCUUGAACAGCUCUGAUUUCACAGAACGUAGAACCCAGCCGGCUGACACAACCCCAGAUGAUGUUUCAAUCGAUGAUCGAUAUGCAUUCCUUGAAUCUCUAAGCAAGAAUGAGGACUACCUAGAGCUUAUAGAUGCCAUUAGGGAUCUGGCAAAGUUUGCCAAGCAGAAGCCAACUUCAGAGGAGAAUCCAGAUUUGCCUAUCUGGGCUAACUGGUCUUGGGGAGAAUCUUAUCUUCCUGAGGACAUGCAUGUGUCUUAUGACACUUUGAAGGCUAGCUUGGAAAAGCUAUGA